CGUAAGACAGCAUAAAAUUUGGUGGCAGAGGAAAAUAAACAUGUGCUAGAGACGAAGUCGUAUACUGACAGUUAAAAAGAUGACGGGGGUCGAUGGCAACCCCGCUUUGAGUGAUGAGGAUAGUAAGAAAUAUCAAGAACUCUUCAACAAACUCGAUGUGAACAAAGAUGGACGCAUUGAUAUUGCUGAUUUGACGAGUUCUCUUACGGAAAUGAAUGUUCCUGUUGGCCAGGCACAGGAAUUCUUGAAGAAGCAUGACUCUAACAAAGAUGGUCAGAUUGACUUUGCUGAGUUUCUUAAAUAUGUCACUGUACAUGACCAACAACUUCGGUUAUAUUUCAAGAAAAUUGAUACUAACCAAGAUGGUACAAUCGAUGCGAGUGAGAUCCAGGAGUCAUUCCGUAAAUUGGGCUUGAAUAUAGACAGAAAUGAGGCACAGAAAUUACUACAAAGAAUGGAUAAGGACGGUACACUGAAGAUAGAUUUUAAUGAAUGGAGGAACUUCCUGUUGUUGUCACCGGCACAGAACAUCCACGACAUGUUACACUACUGGAGGCAUGCUUCUAUUAUAGACAUAGGAGAGAACAAUAUGGUCCCUGACGAUUUCACAGAAAAAGAAAUGCUGACUGGAAUGUGGUGGCGCCACCUAGUAGCCGGUGGAGCAGCUGGAGCUGUAUCGAGGACAUGCACAGCCCCACUAGAUCGGCUCAAAGUUCUACUUCAAGUACAUGCCUCCAGUAAAAACAACUAUGGCGUGGUCAAUGGCUUCCGGUUCAUGCUGAAGGAAGGAGGUGUGAAAUCUCUAUGGCGAGGUAACGGAAUUAAUGUGAUCAAGAUCGCCCCCGAAACUGCCAUCAAGUUUAUGGCAUAUGAGCAAAUAAAGGCGUAUUUCCGAGGAGGAGACCCUCAGAAGGAAUUGAGUGUAGUGGAGCGUCUUUGUUCUGGCUCUCUAGCUGGCUGUAUAUCACAAACAACUAUCUACCCAAUGGAGGUGCUGAAGACACGACUAGCUCUGAGGAAAACCGGACAGUUUAAUGGUAUUUUAGACUGUGCCAUGAAGGUUUAUAAGAAUGAAGGAAUUAGGAUGUUUUACCGCGGCUAUGUACCAAACAUCAUGGGAAUUAUACCAUACGCCGGUAUAGACCUAGCUGUUUACGAGACUUUAAAAAAGAUGUACAGACAAAAAACCAAUGGUGAGGACCCUGGAAUCCUUGCUCUACUUGGUUGUGGGACAAUAAGUUCGACCUGUGGUCAGCUGUCCAGUUACCCCCUCGCUCUCAUCCGCACCAAAUUACAGGCUCAAGGAGCUAAAGGAACUGACACUUUAUCCACUAUGUUCAUGAAGAUUGUGAAACAGGACGGGUUCUUUGGACUUUAUCGUGGCUUGGCUCCCAACUUUAUGAAGGUUAUACCUGCUGUGAGUAUAAGUUAUGUUGUGUAUGAGCACUCGCGGGACGCACUCGGAGUAAAGUCGACGUAGGACUGUCUCAGAGGAUGAAGAACUGCUACUGUGAUAUGGGAUUCCGGCUCAACCUGAGAAACACCCGCCAUGAUACUGCAAUCUCUUCAAUGUGGACUCAAACAAGAUACAGAAAGGGCUCUGUCUAUUUCAAAUUUGCUACAUGUAAAGAGAUUUUAUUUGUAAAUACACAAAAUUCUGUGUUAUAUUGAGGCGGGGCAGCUUUGGAUAGUUGAACAUAAACUUUUGUAUCCUCUGCUACGCUGACCAUGACAGACAAUAAAUAAGCAAGGAUGUUUUUCUGUGAUUUUAUCAGUAUAUCGCUGAUAUACAAGUUAAAUAUUCCAAUAAAACUUAUCAAUGAAAAAAAUAUUUUGACCACUAUCAAACUAGUGAAAUUGUGUGUCAUUAUUGUGAAGGAAUUAUCACUUUAAAUGUUUUAAUUGUGUUUUCCAGUUUGAAAGUUUUCUCACAUUGAAAAUAAUGUCGCACUGAAAGUGUUCUUUAACUGAUAACACCCUUACAGUGAAGUCUCUUUGUGAAGAAGCUUUUUUCAUGGUAAAAUUUAUCAUACUUUGAAAAGGAUUUUUUUUUCUAUGAAAUACCAGAAUCGUGAUAACUUCAAUGACAAAUGAUAUCAAGGCUAGUCCCAGAUGGCGGAAGAUUUUGUAGGCCCAUCCACAAUUGUAACCUUUUUAGGCUUCUAUUUACUCUGCAAGUAUCAGUAGGUAGGGGUGGACAUCCAUAUAGACUGCUGUGAUUUAGGAGGGUCGAGUGAUAGUCAGACAUAUUUUAUCUAUCAACAUAUUUGUUUGAUGUAGCUUACAGUAAUUGAUGACCGCACUUUGAAUAUCUAUAAUAUAACCUUAUAAUUUUAGUAAAUGUUAUAAUUAACAUUGAAUACGUCUAUAGUAUAAACUGGAUUUGAAUUAUCAUAUUAA